AUGGAGAGAAGUAACAACAAAUAUCAGCAUGGCUUACUUAACCAGGGAGAGGAAAAUGAGAUGGAAACAUUUGGUUAUAAGAUACAGUCUUGUCGAAAAGUGGCCUGUGUACUUGGAUACAUCCUAUCCUGUGGAUUUCUGUGGCUGAUAUUAUACUGGAAACCAGAAUGGCAUGUGUGGGCACACUGUGUUCCAUGCAGUUUGCAAGAAGCUGAUACUAUACUAUUGAAAACGACAGAUGAGUUUGAACAAUAUUUCCGGAAAAAUGUGAUAUGGAUUCCACUGCAGAACCUGAAUAUAUCAAAAACCACAACUGGUCAACCUGUGAUUGCUGACAGCAAGUCCAUUAUCACCAAAUCCAUCCAAAAACCAGACUUAAAGGUUAAAUUGAUACGAGUGCAAAAAGUCAGCUAUGUGUGGGACCAAGAAGAAAAACAAUUCGUAAGAGCCGGAGUCUUAGAAGAUAAUUUAACCUGCCAUGACAUACACUCGAAAUUUGCCUCUGGACUAACAAGCGAAGAGCAGAACAUCAGGAGAUCGAUAUGUGGACCAAAUAAAAUAGAAGUUGACAUUGUGCCUAUUUGGAAGUUACUCUUCAAAGAGGUUUUAAAUCCAUUCUAUGCCUUUGAAGCUUGCAGUUUGGCCCUGUGGUUGGCUGUGGGGUUCAUCGAAUAUUCAAUUGCUGUUAUUAUAAUGACUUUGGUAUCAAUCAUCUUUACUGUGCAUGAUCUAAGAAAGGAAUCUGUAAAGCUUCACAAUCUUGUUGAGUCAAACAACUCUGUCAAGGUCACUGUGCGCCUAAAAAACGGAGAGUGCAAAGAGAUUGAGUCCCAGUAUCUGGUUCCAGGAGAUGUAAUUAUUCUCACAGGAAGAAGGCUUUUCUUGCCCUGCGAUGCCAUACUGAUCAGCGGAGGAUGUAUUGUAAAUGAGAGUAUGCUCACAGGUGAAAGCAUCCCUGUAUCUAAGACUCCUUUGCCCAGUCUUGAUCGCACAAUGCCCUGGAAGGCACACAGUGGUGAGGACUUUAAAAGGCACAUCCUUUUCUGUGGGACAGAAGUGAUUCAGACAAAGGCAGCAAGCCAUGGUCAAGUGAAAGCAGUUAUUCUAAGAACUGGAUUCAAUACAGCUAAGGGGGAUAUGGUCAGGUCCAUCCUUUACCCCAAGCCAAUGAAUUUCAAACUGUAUAGAGAUGCUUUCAGGUUUCUCAUGAUUCUAGCAACCGUUGCGGUAAUUGGAACAAUCUACACGGUAGCAGUUUUUGUUGUAAAAGGGGAAUCUCCCACUGAAGUGGUUAUAAAAGCAUUGAUCAUUAUCACCACUGCUGUACCUCCAGCCCUGUCUGCUGCAUUGUCAACUGGUAUUAUGUAUGCUCAACGCAGACUCAAAAAGCAAGGGAUAUUCUGUAUAAGCCCUCAAAGGAUUAAUGUGUGUGGUCGCCUUAACAUUAUCUGCUUUGAUAAGACUGGCACGUUAACAGAAGAUGGCUUGGAUCUUUGGGGUGUUCUUCCUGCCAAAGAAAAUUGUUUUCAAGAGGUGUACAGCUUCACAUCUGGUGAGGCACUGCCUUGGGGACCAUUGCUAGGAGCACUAAGUAGUUGCCAUUCCUUAGUGGCUAUUGAUGGAACACUGCAAGGUGAUCCUUUGGAUCUGAAGAUGUUUGAAGGCACUCAAUGGGAAGUCCAAGAACCGGAAACCGAAGGCAAUGGAACAGAAUCCUCCAAUCUGAUUGUGAAACCAGGACAUAGUUGCAAUAGCGCUUCGGUCAAGGGGAUUGUCAUUGUCCAUCAGUUUCCAUUUUCUUCUAGUCUUCAGCGCAUGUCUGUCAUCACCCAAGUUAUUGGAGAAGAUGAGCUAGUUGUUUAUAUGAAAGGAGCACCAGAAAUGGUAACAAAGUUCUGCAAAGCAGAAAGCGUUCCAAAAGGCUUCACCAGUGAGCUCCAGUUUUAUACCAUGAAAGGUUUUCGGGUUAUAGGAUUGGCUUAUAAAACCCUGAAAGGAUAUAAGACUGAAGGAGAUUCAAACUUCAUAAGGGAGGAGGUCGAAUCAGAUCUGGAAUUUCUUGGUCUACUAAUAUUAGAGAACAGAUUAAAACCAGAAACGAAACCAGUUUUGCAAGAACUAAGCUGUGCCAACAUAAGGACAGUUAUGAUAACAGGAGAUAACUUGCAAACAGCCAUAACUGUAGCAAGAACAUCAGGUUUAGUCCCGGAGACCAGCAAUAUCAUCUUGGUGGAAGCUGAUGAACCAACUGGAUUAAAAUCAGCAAAGAUAUCCUGGCACCCAGUUGAGGCCCAUGAACAGAUUUCAGAUGAUGGAAAAGAUACAUUGAAUAUUGAGAUUGAAAGACAAACAACUGAAGAAGAAGCAAGAGGCAAUUAUCAUUUUGCCAUUAGUGGAAAGUCAUAUCAAGUAAUUUUACAACAUUUCCAGAGUUUGUUACCAAAGUUGCUGGUGAAUGGAGCCAUCUUUGCUAGAAUGUCCCCUGCACAAAAAUCCAGUCUAGUAGAGGAAUUUCAAAAACUGAAUUAUUAUGUGUGUAUGUGCGGUGAUGGUGCCAAUGACUGUGGUGCUUUGAAAGUCGCCCACGCUGGGAUAUCUCUCUCCGAACAAGAGGCGUCUGUGGCUUCUCCAUUUACAUCACGUACUCCAAACAUCGGAUGUAUUCCUCAGUUGAUCAAAGAAGGAAGAGCUGCUCUUGUCACUUCAUUCUGUGUGUUUAAAUAUAUGACACUGUAUGCCAUGAUACAGUUUGUUUGUCUUCUUCUGCUCUACUGGCAAAUAAAUAUCCUAUCCAACUACCAGCUUCUUGUUCAAGAUGUGGCUGUCACCAUUUUAGUCUGCUUGACAAUGAGUUUGAACCAUGCCUACCCAAAACUAGCUCCAUACAGACCUCCAGCACAACUUAUGUCACCACCUCUCUUGCUUUCAGUGGUUCUGCAUGUUCUUUUCACAAUAGCUAUCCAAGUAUAUGGCUUUGUUGUCAUUCAGAAGCAACCUUGGUAUUCCACAAAUCCACAAACCGCUUGCAUGUUUGUUAAUGGAAGUUUGGUCCCCAGCUCUGAGAUGUUCCAAAACGGUGGUACUAAUUCAUCAUCCACUGGGGCCGCUGCAUUUGAAUUGAACAUCAGCCACAAGAGCUAUGAAACAACCACACUGUGGCCCCUGACCACCAUUCACUGUAUAAUAGUUGCAUUUGUAUUCUCCAAGGGCAAGCCUUUUAGACAACCAAUUUACACCAACUAUAUCUUCACCAUGGUACUGGUGGCCCAGCUUGGCAUUUGUAUUUUCCUUUUAUUUGCUGACAUUGAAAACAUAUACAUUGUCAUGGAGCUUGUCUGUACACCAAACUCUUGGAGAAUCACCCUUUUCAUCGUUUUGAUCAUCACGGUUGUUGUUUCGAUUUUAGCUGAAGAGCUGAUAAUUGAGAACAGGAAACUCUGGUUGCUGCUCAAGAAAUGUUUCAAAUAUAAGUCAAGUAGUCAGUACAGAAAAAUAAUCAGAAUGGUGGAGACAGAUCCAAACUGGCCUCCUAUAAACCGGACAUACCGCACAAAGCCACUUAGCCGGCAUACAAGUGAAAAUAAUCAAGCAUACAGCAACCCAGCCUAUGAACAGGAGUUCAAAAAAGUAGAUAUUUAA